AUGUCCUACAAUGUGUCAUGCGACGUGGAAUGCUUGGGAUCGGACAGUUUCUCCAACACUAGCAGCAGCAGCAGCACUGGCAGUACAGAAGAGUUGUCCUUCACCUCAUCAGCCAUAUCAAUGACUGUGGGCAUUGUCUCCAACUCCCUAGCACUGUUUAUCCUUCUCAAAGCCUAUCACCGAUUCCGACUCAAGUCCAAGGCUUCCUUCUUGUUCUUUGCUAGUGGUCUUGUGGUCACUGACUUCUUUGGACACCUUAUCAAUGGGUCCUUGGCACUCUAUGUGUACAUGUCACACAAGGAAUGGGAGAUUUUUGACCCAAAGCAGGUUCUCUGUGGCUUCUUUGGUGUCUGUAUGACAUUCUUUGGUCUAAGUCCCCUAAUUCUUGGUAGUGUGAUGGCUGUAGAACGAUGCAUUGGAGUGACCCAACCACUCUUCCACACUACAGCCUUGGCCUCCCAUCACAUGAAGAAGCUAUUGGUGUUCACGUGGCUCCUAGCUUUGCUGAUAGCCCUACUUCCUGUGUUCCUAUGCCGGCCGUAUCAGGUUCAAAGCUCCAGAAGUUGGUGUUUCUUCAGAAUGGUGGGAGCCCGUGACUGGCUGGAUAUUUUUCUGCCCAUGAUUUUUUCUGGGUUGGGGUUGCUGUCUCUCUUUGUCUCCUUUGUGUGCAAUACCACAACUGGAUUGACGCUCCUGCAGACUAGAUGUCAACGAGACCGUUCCCACUGGCGGCAUCGCAAGUCCUCCUCCCACCAUUUUGAGAUGAUCUGCCAGCUCCUGGCAAUCAUGCUGGUUUCUUGUGUGUGUUGGGGCCCUUUCCUGGUUAAUAUUAUUAUUCUGAGCACACGAGACCAGAGUCAGGAAGCAUACGCCAGGAUGCUGCUCACUGUACGCCUGGCAACGUGGAACCAAAUCCUGGACCCGUGGAUUUACAUCCUCCUGCGCAAGGCAGUGCUGAGGAAACUCUUCCUGCUGACGAAAAAGUGCUGCGGCUGUAAUUCUGAAACUAGCCAUCGAUGGAAGUGCAGCAUUCUCAAGGGCUCUGUGGAGACCAGUACUACUGUCAGUGGGAGACCUGACUGUAUCUGCAUGAAUGGCCCGUUUCUGCCAGAUACAAUCAUCAAACCCAUCCCCAGAGUCUGA